AUGGCUGACAACAACUCAUUGGUUGGUGGUGAGGUCUCACUGCAGUUAAUUGAUAAGAUCAUUAUUGUGCAGAUUCUGGUGAUGAUCUUUCUUUGCAUCAACUCUUUGCUCAUCAUAACUUUUUUCAGAAAGGAGUGCUUCUACACAACCGCACGCUACAUCUUAUUUGCUGUUACACUUCUGUCUGAUAGUUUGAUAUUAUUCAUGUCUAAUAUCCUGGUCAUCUUGAACCAUUUUGGAUUUACCAUGCAAGUUUGGAUGUGUGUCAUUACCUCUGCUGUAGUACUUCUUUAUAUGAGAGUCACACCAGUAACUCUGACAGUAAUGACCCUGGAGCGAUAUGUGGCCAUCUGCAUGCCCCUGCGUCAUGCAGAGCUGUGCUCCACACGCAGCACUAUGCAUUGCAUCCUCAUCAUUCACGGCCUCAGCUCUGUACCCUGCAUUGUUGUUCUCUCCACCUUCUUUGCAUCAGCCUCUUUUAGUUUGUACGAACAGCACAGGUUAUGCACUGUGGAGAUGUUAAUAUUGUACAGAUGGCAGAGUCAUGUUAGGUCAGCUGUACAUGAGUUUUACUUCUUGAUUAUGGCUAUCAUCAUUGUAUUCGCCUAUGUUAAAAUCAUGAAAGUGGCCAAAGCUGCAUCAGGAGAGGAUAAAAAGUUGUCAUGGAAAGGGCUCAGAACAGUAAUUCUUCAUGGUUUCCAGCUGCUGCUCUGUCUCAUCCAGCUGUGGUGUCCAUUCAUAGAAACUGCUGUUAUACAAAAUAAUGUUACGUUAUUCAUUAAUGUCAGGUACUCUAACUACAUAUUGUUUGGUCUUGCUCCAAGAUGUCUGAGUCCUCUUAUUUAUGGCCUCAGGGAUGAAACCUUUUUUCAUGCAUUGAAAAAUUAUGUCUUCUUUGGCUUGUAUAAAAGAAAUAUUUGACACAGGACUAGAUUAAUAAUUUUUGAACAGAACAAUUGCACAAUGCACCAAUUCAAACAAAAAUUCACAUGAACAUGAUCAUUUUAAGAAUGUUUUAUUUCCAAAUACUUAUAAGCCUGCCUGUAACUGCG